AAUGGCGGUGAAAGGCAUGAAGGAGCCACUCCAAAAAAUGCUAAAACUUUGUUAGACAUGAGGUUUUAUGUUGUGCUUUGGUAAUUUCAAGCACAAAGGUAAAAAAAACAUAGAAAGAGAGAAAGAGAGAGAGAGUGUCCCAUUCCCAUCCCCCACACAAAAGGUGGUGGGAAAAAAGUUCUUUUUGUACACACUGCGAUGAUGGCGAUGAUGAUGCCUGCAAUCUCCAACACAAACACAAACAUAACCUCUCCUUCUUCUCUCUCUCUCAUCACUCUCUCUUCUUCUUCUUCUUUUUCCUUCUCAGCCAACCAUGGUUAACUUCUUCUCACUGAGCCCAUGAAAGUUGUGACCAUGGAGACUGACAAGAAGUGUGGAUGCUGGGCUGUCCUUAAACGCGGCGUUAGAGGUGCGUGCAAACCUUCAGCUUCCAGAGACUCUGCUAACACUAUCCCUCGUACUAGUCUCGUUUAUGAUGCAGCAACCGAGACAAGAUACCUGAAUGCUAGCAAUCGAGAACUAUGUCCUCCCAAUGAAGCUCGAUUAUCUUCUGAUAAUCCUGAUCCCCCAUCUCAGGAGAAUAAGGCUCCUUGCCAGCUCCUUCAAUUCACAUUUCAUGAACUAAAGGCUGCAACUGGGAAUUUCAGACCUGAUAGCAUUCUUGGGGAGGGUGGCUUUGGUUAUGUUUUCAAAGGAUGGAUUGAGGAAGAUGGAACGGCGCCGGCAAAACCUGGGUCAGGGAUUACUGUGGCUGUCAAAAGCUUGAAGCCAGAUGGUCUUCAGGGCCAUAGAGAAUGGGUGGCUGAAGUUGACUUUCUUGGACAGCUUCACCAUCCUAAUCUUGUGAAACUUAUUGGUUACUGCAUUGAAGAUGAUCAGCGGCUUCUUGUUUAUGAGUUUAUGACUCGGGGAAGUCUAGAAAACCAUCUUUUCAGAAGAACCGUACCUCUUCCGUGGUCCAACAGGAUUAAGAUUGCCCUUGGUGCAGCAAAAGGAUUAGCUUUCCUCCAUAAUGGUCCCGAACCAGUCAUUUAUAGAGAUUUUAAAACAUCAAACAUUUUGCUUGAUACGGAGUAUAAUGCGAAGCUUUCAGAUUUCGGUCUAGCAAAAGCAGGGCCUCAAGGAGACAAAACACAUGUUUCUACUAGAGUAGUUGGAACUUAUGGUUAUGCUGCUCCAGAAUAUGUCAUGACAGGACAUUUGACAGCUAAAAGUGAUGUUUAUAGCUUUGGAGUUGUGUUACUUGAGAUAUUAACAGGAAGAAGAUCAAUGGACAAAAAGCGUCCGAGUGGGGAACAAAAUCUUGUUUCAUGGGCUAGGCCAUAUUUAGCUGACAAGCGAAAACUUUUCCAACUCGUGGAUCCUCGCCUCGAACUAAAUUAUUCUCUUAAAGGAGUGCAGAAAAUUUCCCAAUUAGCUUAUAGUUGCCUCAGUAGAGACCCCAAAUCUCGUCCUAACAUGGAUGAAGUUGUGAAGGCUCUGACUCCAUUGCAGGAUCUUAAUGACUUUGCAAUUUUGUCUUAUCACUCUCGCUUGUCUCAACAAGGGAGACGAAAGAAGAAAGAUGGAACUCCACAUAUCACAUACACACAAUCCAAGAGCAUCAGGGCUUCUCCCUUGAACACCGGCAAGCAGCAUCGAUGAUGGGAAGUGAUCCUCUUCGUUAUUGCUGGCUCAAUCAUUGAUUGAAACCAAGGUUGGAAUGCCUCCUUUGUUGUUGUUGUUGUGUGGAGAUGGACAUUUCAAGCUUACAUAAAUUUUGGGUGUUUAAAAUAUGUAGGGCCAGAAGAAUGAGGGAAGAGUGAUGAUACAUUGAUUUUAUUUGGGCUCUUUUAUUAGAGAGAUAACCUUCCAUAUGGAAAGAAACUUGCCAUUUGCUUAUGUGUAAUUGAGAAUUCUCCUAUAUGUAUAUGAAAGGCCUCAUUUCUCAGAAA